CUGGUCCUGAUCCUGAACACACAAGAUGCGGUUGUUGGACAAGGAUGUAGACAAGGAGAAGUAGACAAGGACACGACCAACCGUAGAGCCUUUUCUCAAACUUAAGUGUGGAGGUUUGGUUCUUGGAGUUGCUGGGGCCUGGGGGUAAUUGUUUAGCCCUAAUCAUGGAGUAACAAUAGUAUAUUAAGGCUGCUAUACUGCAACUUGGAGUUGUUUUCUGACGGACCAACCAGGAGUUGUUGGAUGAUGUAUCAUCGCCAAUGAUGGAUUAUAUCAACUUAGCUCUGAGGUAGCUAGAGUCUUCCUGCUCUAGUUUCGCUCGUACUGCUAGUUGCUGCAGACUCACGCCCAGCUCGGAGACAUCUCUCCUAUCUUUGGCUCAGAAAGGAAGAAGCUCCAGAUUAGAGUCCAAACCUGCAUGGCGGUGACGAAGGCAACUCCACCAGCUUAGUACAGAAAUAUUGAGGUCAAACUGCAGGAAGAGAAAUGGCAGAGGCUGCUCUUCUUCUUGUCACAACAAAGAUUGGAAUAGCUGUGGGAGUAGAAAUGCUUCACUACGCUAGGUCUGUUGCAAAACUCUCUGAGAACAUGACACUGAUAAGGAAUGACCAAGAGCUUAUUCGAGCAUUUCUCAAGGAGAUUGGAAGGAAAGCUUCGACAGAUGGAGUCACCGAAACAUGGACAGGGCAAGUCCGAAGAUUGGCGUAUGAUAUGGAAGACAUUGUGGAUCAAUUUGUGUAUAUUGUUGGCAAACAGCAUCAGAAAGGAUCAUGGUGGAGUAGUGUGAAGAAAAUCUUGAAGAAACCCCAGUAUCUGUUUACACUAGGUGAAAUCGCUACUGGCCUUGAGAAAAUAAACCGAGCCCUUACACAUCUUAAAGAAAACAGAGAUUGGAUUCAACCAAUAACUGGUGUGGGCGAUAUUUUUGCAACAAAUUAUGACAGCCAACAGCAACUUUAUCUUCCUGGACAUGAUUACUCAAUCUCUGAUGAUGAACUUGUGGGAUUUGAUAAAAAUAGAAAACUAUUGAUGGGGUCACUGAAUUUGGAAAAUUGUCUAAAUCUGCAAAUCAUUGCCUUGUGGGGUAUGGGUGGUAUCGGGAAAAGCACUCUUGUCAGUAAUGUGUUCCGAUAUGAAGCAUCCAACUUUGAAUGCCGUGUAUGGGUUUCCGUCUCUCAGUCCUAUAAACUAGAUGAUAUUUGGAGAAGAAUGCUGAAAGAAAUCUAUCCUAAAGACAAGAAAGAAUUUGAUGCUGAGAAGAUGACUUGUGCAGAGCUACAAGAUGAACUGAAAGCAAUCCUGAAAACAAAGCGAUACUUGAUCAUACUGGAUGAUAUCUGGACAGCUGAAGACUUUAGAAAAAUUACAGAGGUUCUUGUCGAUGCAAAAAUGGGAAGCAGAAUAAUAAUGACGACAAGAUCUGAAGAAGUUGCUUCAAUAGCUCCUGAUGGUUGCAGGAUCAAAGUGGUGCCUCUUGAGGAGGAGGAUGCAUGGCGUCUUUUUUGCAGGAAGGCAUUUCCAAGCACUGGAAAUCACAUCUGCCCAUUAGCAUUACAAGAGUGUGGUAAAUUGAUAGUGGGGAGGUGUGAUGGUUUACCAUUAGCUCUUGUGGCCAUAGGGAGCUUAUUGUCUCUUAAGACGCAGAAUGUUACAGAGUGGAAACUAUUUGACGCACAACUUAUUUCCGAGCUACACAAAAAUGACAACCUAAGUCGCGUGGAGAAAAUUCUGAAUCUAAGCUACAAAUACUUGCCUGACUAUUUGAAGAGUUGUUUCUUGUAUUGUGCCAUGUUCCCAGAAGACCACUUGAUCCAUAGAAAAAGACUGAUCAGACUAUGGGUCGCUGAAGGGUUUGUUGAACAAAUUGGAAAUUGCAGUUUAGAAGAUGUUGCUGAAGGUUACCUGACACAGCUCGUUCAACGAAGCAUGCUUCAUGUGGUAGAGAGGAACAGUUUUAACAGGAUCAGGUGUCUUCGAAUGCAUGAUCUUGUACGUGAAUUAGCCAUUUACCAAUCUAACAGAGAGAGUUUCAGUACGACUUAUGAUGAUAGUCAUGGGGUGAUGCAUGUGGAGUCGGGUUCUCGUCGUAUGUCGGUGCUCCAAUGCAAAAAUGGCAUCCGACCAAGUACUGGUCAAUGCAGGCUUCGUACCUUCAUAGCAUUUAGCACCAGCAAUGCAUCAUCUUCAUUGUUUCCCUCAGAAUCUAAAUACCUUGCUGUGCUGGAGCUAUCAGGAUUACCUAUUGAGACUGUUCCAAAUUCAAUUGGGGAGUUAUUCAACCUUAAGUAUUUGGGCCUCAACAAUACCAAUGUGAAGAUACUCCCAAAAUCAGUCACGAAGCUUCACAACUUAGAAACACUGAGCCUUAGAGAUACAGAUUGUUUGUCUCUACCUCGAGGGUCAGAAAAGCUGAAGAGAGUUCGGCACAUUAUAAUUCUUAAACUUCUGGACAAAACAUAUGCGAGUUUCAAAUGCUUUGAACCUAUGGAGCCUUUGGAGGGAUUGUGGAAUUUGAAGGACCUGCAAACUCUGGGUGCAGUUCGAGCUAGCAAAAUUUUUGUUUCAAAACUAGCAAGUUUAUCUCAGCUGAGGAUCCUUAACAUUGUUGGGGUAAGGAGCAGCCACUGUGCAUAACUGUGUGACUCUUUAUCAAAAAUAGACCAGCUCUCGGCAUUAGAAAUAACAGCCAGCGAUGAAGAUGAGGUGCUCCAGCUUGAAACUUUGACAUUGUCAAACCGCCUUAGAAAGCUCACUUUAUCAGGGCGGAUUUCAAAAGGAACAUUGAAAUCUCCAUUUUUCUCAAGCAACGGAGAUGUCCUUCACAAAAUAUUUCUACGUUGGUCCCAGCUCUCAGAGAACCCAGUGCCGCGCCUCUCUGAGUUGUCAAACUUGACCGAAAUAGUUCUAAGCAAAGCGUAUACUGGACAGGAGAUAAACUUCCAGCCAGUGUGGUUCCCAAAUGUGAAGAUUCUUUUCUUGUUGAAUUUGCCACAUGUCAACCAAAUAUGCAUACACGAGGGAGCUUUGGUCCGCCUUGAAGAACUUGUGAUCCGUGACCUUGUUGAACUGCGGGACAUCCCUACCGGCCUGGAACAUCUGGAAUCCCUCAAAGCGGCGCGCUUUUUUGAGAUGAACCCUGAUUUUGUAAGAAAUUUUCCAGCGGCAACACUAGAGCAUGUUCCGGAAGUUUACUGCACCAUAUGAUCCGGAGAGGCAUGAGUCUUUCUUGCGUGGAUGGGGUUUGCAGUUAGUUAUUGCCAUCAAUGUGGGAGCUAUGUAUCUCUGUUGAAGAAUGGCGAUUCAUGAGACAACUGUCAUUCUUCUUGCUAUUAUUAUCUCUGCUUAUUUAAACACGAACUGGUUUGUAAUAACGUAUGGGAAUGAUCUGUAUUACUGCUAUCCCAUCUUGGUUUUAUACACCAUCUAAGUUUAUAGUGGCGCUAAGCUACUGCGCGAGAUAACUAUUAUGUAUUUUUACACAGUGAUCCAUGUAAUAAUGUUGAAAACUUCAGCUACUUGCUCGACACGUAUUUAAGAGAAAACAA